CCAUUAGACAGAAGUCAGCAGACCUGACAAGAGGCACCAAGAGAUCUGAAAAAUAUAUCUGCUUACCAACUAAACCACUUCAACCCUCCUAAGAUGAAGACAUUCAGUGUUGCAGUUGCAGUGGCCGUCGUGCUUGCCUUCAUUUGCACUCAGGAGAGCUCUGCCUUACCCGUCACUGGAGUAGAAGAGCUGAUGGAGCUAGUGAGCAAUGACAACGAUGACAAUCCAGUUGCUGAUCAUCAAGAGCUGCCAGUAGAAUUGGGGGAGAGGCUGUUUAACAUCAGGAAGAAGCGUGCACCUGCUAAAUGCACUCCUUACUGCUACCCGACUCGUGACGGUGUCUUCUGCGGAGUCCGCUGUGACUUCUAAUGAUUUCUGCCCCAGGAUUAGACUUCCACAACCACCACUAAAUAUUUACUUGUUACACAUUUUCUCUAACAGCAAUUUUACCAUUUUAGUUGUACUUGUGGCUCCUGUAAAUCUGAGGAUGUGACUGCAUUUGGUCAUGCUGUCAUUCAUAUAUGCUCAGUGAUGUGACUGCGUCAUUAAAUGUCUGCACUAGUGUAUUUUCAUAAGUAAUUUUCAUUCUUAUAUACUGUGUGAACAUGUUCUUUUUACAAUGAUAACAUUAACACAAUGUAUGUUUGCUCUUAAAACGUGGUGUCAGUUAUGAAAGUGAAUUUAUCUUUAACAGAAUAUCUAAAACAGAAUACCGCAUCACAAGGGACCAUGGACCUGUGUAAACUAGGGGUAGGAAUCACCAAAGGAUCUACAAUAUGAUAUUAUCACGAUACUUAAGUCACAAUACAGUAUUAUUUCAAUUUUAGAAAUGUUGUGAUAUGCUGAGUAUUACAAUAAAAAAAUACUGCAAUA